AAAUAGUACGAAUGCGCGAGCGCAAACGGUCAGUCAGAUUUCGAGUGCGGAUCGGAAACAGUGCUUUGUUUAUUUAUUGCAGUUUUUUUUUUAACGUGACUUCAAUGUGACGAGUGUUUUAUUGACAUUUUUGACUGCAGUUUUUUUUAACAAGAUAAUCCAAAAUGGCGAAGGCGAAGGAGUCGAUGGAGAUAGAUAAUUUUAAGUCCACAGCGGACUUAACAAGUAAUCCAGGAUUCCAGUCUUCACUUAGUAUAGCUUCAAAAAACGUUGAUGAAAAGCCAUACAAUCCUUUCGAGCAUCGAACAGUGGAACAUCCAAAUUCAACUAUUGGAUCAAUAGUACACUUAUUAAAAUGCUGUCUUGGCUCCGGUAUUCUGGCAAUGCCGGCCGCUUUCAAGAACUCCGGUCUAAUUGUGGGUGCUAUUGGAACUUUAAUAGCUGGAUUCGUUUGUACACACACUGUCCACAUUUUGGUAAAAACAUCUCAAGAAGUAUGCGUAGACGCAAAGAAACCAUCGCUAAGUUUCGCUGAAACGUGCGGAGCGGCCUUUACUUAUGGACCAAAGAAAUUGCAAUCGUGGGGAAAUUCUAUAAAAGUAAUAGUGGACUAUUCCAUGGUGGUGACAUAUUUCAGCGUUCUCUGUGUUUACGUUGUUUUCAUUGGAUCAUCCAUGAAAGAAGUAAUGGACGUCUACAUGCCAGACAACCCGAUAUCAAUUCAAGCGUGUUGUGCGUUAACCCUAGUGCCUCUGGUUCUGAUCUGUCAGAUUCGGAACUUGAAGUACCUGGUGCCUUUCUCCGCGCUCGCCAACAUCCUGAUCCUUGUGGUCUUCGUGAUAACCCUGUAUUAUGUGUUCGUGGAUCUCCCCCCUUUGAAAGAGAGGGAGAUGGUUGCUAGUAUUACGCAGUGGCCUUUGUUUUUGAGUACUGUGAUCUUCGCAAUGGAAGGCAUCGGCGUGGUGAUGCCGGUUGAGAACGAGAUGGCCAAACCCCAGCAGUUCCUCGGCUGCCCUGGAGUCUUGAAUGUAGCUAUGGUGAUCGUCAUCUCACUGUAUGGCUUCGUGGGUUUCUUUGGAUACGUGCAGUAUGGCGACUUGGUGAAAGGAUCUAUUACGUUGAAUCUUCCUGAAGAGGACGUUAUCGCUCAAGUAGCAAAAGCCCUGAUGGCCUUCGUGAUAUUCCUGUCAUUCGCUCUCCAGUUCUACGUGCCCAUGGAAAUGAUAACCAGGAAGAGGAAAGGCAAGGAGUCCAAGUAUGAGAACUUCGUGCAAAUUGCCAUCAGAACUGUCAUGGUUACUGUUGCAGUGGCAAUCGCAGCAGCAUUCCCCAACUUGGAACUAGUCAUCAGCUUCGUUGGAGCAGUUUUCUUCUCAACCCUAGGCCUCCUCAUCCCAGCGGUCGUCGACACAGUGUACCACUGGGACACAGGCCUAGGCCCCUUCAACUAUGUCCUCUGGAAAAACCUUCUUAUUGGAAUCAUUUCCAUUAUAGCAUUAGUUUCUGGAGCGUACGUGUCUGUACAGGGUAUGAUUGAAGACUUUGGCAGCAGUAGUCAUGAAGCAUUUGAUAAUGCCACGCUGACAUAAUUUUUUUGACACAAAAGUGAGAUUUUAAGGUUUUUUUGAGGAGUAUUAAGUGGUGCUGUUCAAAUGUAGCAAAUCUUUAAUUAGUCAAGACAUAGAUUAAUCGUCGUAGAUGCGACAGAUUUUUGCCUACCAUAAUGCAAUCGUUUUAUGUUUUCACAAUUUUUAUUUUUCUACAAUUUGCACUAGGCGAGACUAAGUACAUUAAUAUUUUUGCAUUUUUAAGUUUUUUGAAAUGAAUAAGGACUACCCAUUGUGAAUAGGUACUCUAUUUAAUGUGAGCUCACUUUGAUACUUUUCAUUUAUUAUAAUUAAUUUUCUACAAAUUUUUGAAGUUAAUAGUUUCAGUUUGUUGAAUCCAUGUUUAAAGUUUUAGAACUAAGUAGUAUAGAAAUAGAUUUCAAUGCAAAACACGAAAUGAUUAAUAAAUACCAUUACUACUAUUAUCUAUUAAAAAAUAAGCUUAUAACUAAUAUGGUUGUGUAAUAUUUUACUUUGUCUAAGCAGUUACCAGUGGUUUAAAGAAAAAAGUACAAAUGUAAUAUUUUUUAAGAAUUUUGUUUAGGAGUAGAUUUUUUAAAAUUAUAUCAUAAAUACCUGACGUCUGAAUAUACUAAACGUCUGAAAAUAUCGUCUAAAUGUAACUAACGUCUGAAAAUGUUGUCUGAAUAUACUAAACGUCUGAAAAUGUCGUCUGAAUUUAACUAAUGUCGUUUUAAUAAGUGUAGUUUGUAGUAGUAGUUCUACUUAAAUAGGUUCUGUUCUUAGAAUUAUUUCAUAGUAAAAUAUUUAUAUUUAAUUCUAACUAACGUUCCCAGGACUUACUAUUGUAUAUCAUGUUAGAAAUACUUUCACUACAUUUUAAAAAUAGGUAAUGUGAAGAUCGAUUAAUUCAUGAAAAAAAAUGUUUUCUUUCAUCAAAUCUGUUUAACGUAUAUAAAUGAAUAAAUCUUUACAAAGCUUGAAAACAACUAUCAUGAAAAUCAUCAUAUUUAUCAAUCAAAUUAAUGUUCUGAAAAACGAAAUAAGACACUUUGAUAAAAUUGAAAGUAAUUUUUGCUUUAUCAUGUUCAAACCAUUUAUUAAAAUUUGAUUAAUUGAGUUUUGCCAAUAUCUGUAUUGUUGUAUUUCAAUUUGAUUUGUAUUUUUUUUCCUUAAUUCGCUUAUGGUUUCAUAAAUUAUUGUUAAUAAUAUGGUUAAUAAUGUAGGAAAAUCAAGACGGAAUUUUUAAUUUCAAAAUUCCUGUGAUGAAAAUUGAAAUAAUUCUUUCCGCAUUCCAAUCAGUCUUUAUCGUAAAAAUAUAAUUAAAAAACUAUAUGGUAGAAAAAAAUACGUGUAUAUAGAUAAAGUAGUGAAAUGUACAAUAUAAAAUGGCUUUUACUUA